AUGCUGCGCCUUUCUCAACUGCCAUGGGGGCUUGCGAUGGCCCUCAUGGCCUCUCUAACGACUGCAUCUCCAGCUGUCAACGUGGGCAUGAACGCUGCCUUUCCACGUGGGCCAUAUCUACUUGAACUUCUGGAGACGGCUGCCGGAGAAAACUCGACUUCGUACUUUCCACUCCUUGACAAGAUCGCCAGUGGCCAUUUCGCAUCAGCAAGCUCAGACGCAGAGCUCUACGAUAAGUUCCUCGAGGUUCUACAGCAAGACGGCCAUAUUGCCAGCCCCGAUGCUCUGUCGACCUUCAAGCUAGCUCUCUCCCUGCGAUCUGCGGCGCCGCGAAUCGAAGCGCAUUACCAAUACUACUCAACUGCUGUCGACCCUACGACAAAGGAGGAUGUCGACGACAAGUGCCAGAGCUGGGCUCUGGUCGACAACAAGAAGUAUUGCUCGCCAACGCUUGAUGUUGCGGCAGAGAGUGGCCUGUCAUCCAAGCAAACCAAUGUGUUGCCCUUUGAUCGAGUACUAGGCAUUGGCAAAGACGCUGUUCUCUAUGCUGACCCUACGUCUGAAUCAUUCGGCCCCUUUCACGAAGCUCUUUCAAAGGCUGCCAAGCAAGGAGACAUCUCCUAUCGACUUCGAUACCAUCGGAGUACCGCUCAGAGCAGCCCUCUUCCUGUCAGUGGCUAUGGUGUCGAACUGGCCUUGAAGAGAACCGACUACAUUGUUAUUGACGAUCGUGAAGCCGGUAAAGAUGCCACUCAGAAGUCCGUCGCUACUGAUGUAGUUCUUGACGAAGAGGAGGAAGUUGCUGAUCUGAAGCCCCUUUCGACGUCGGAGCUGGCAUCCUUGGGCUUGAAGACUGCCUCGUUCAUUCUGAAGAGCGAAAAUCCGUUCGAAACCUUGGUUAAGGCGACACAGGACUUCCCCAAGUUUUCCAGGUCGAUCAUCGCCCACGAGGUUUCGAAGGAGUUUAAAGAGGAGCAGCAGAAGAAUGUUGCAGCCGGCGUUCCCACCGGCAUCAACUUCCUGUGGAUGAACGGAGUUCAACUCAUUGAGCGCCAAAUUGAACCGUUCAACCUUAUCGAUAUGAUCCGACGCGAGCGCAAGCUGAUCAAUGGUGUUCGCGCACUUGGCUUCAACGGCCAGCAAGCUGUUUCGUUGCUUGGACACUCGGAGAUCGCCAACGCCAAAGCAGAUGAUGAACCCACCAGAUUCGAUUGGACAGAUAGAAGCGAAGAUGGCAAGGUCUUUAUUUGGCUCAACGAUCUUGAGAAGGAUAGUCAAUACGCGGAGCUCCCGAGGGAACUGAAGGCGCUUCUUCGACGCACUUAUCCCGGCCAGCUUCCCCAAGUGGCUCUCAACCUCUUCCACAUCAUUGCGCCUGUCGAUUUUACCAAUCUUCAGGAUGUGAGGGCAUUUGGCCAGCUGGCACAGUUCAUGCAACGCGGUCUCACCAUCCGCUUUGGUAUUGCUCCCCUGACAUCCACACCUGCUGCUGUUGCAGCAGGCAAGAUUGCCUAUCACUUGAUGGAAACGUACGGUCUCGAGUCUCUGGUCGCAUAUCUCUCGGAGUGCGAGGAGGGUUCCAAGACUGGUGUGGACAAGAAGGCCUUUGCCAAGGCCAUUGAGGGACGCGAGCCACUGCCCGAAACUGCCAAGAUGACUUUGGAUGAGGUUCUUGAGGCCGAAUCUUAUACACAGAAGAUCAAGGCAGCGCAGGCCUGGGCCAGUCGACUCAACGCAGACACGACGGUGCGCCCCGUCUUCGUCGACGGCUUGGCUAUUCCUCGUGAAAAGAACUGGGUGCAGGCGAUGGGCCAGCGGCUGACCGAAGACACGCAGGUCAUCCAGAAGGCCGUCUACCUUGGGGAGAUCGACGAGGAGAGCUGGGUUCCCGGUGUCUUCUUGGGCAAGGCGCUCACCAAGAGAAACACUUACAUCUUCCCCGAUGAUGACAAAUCUCUCCGUGUUCUCGAUGUCAACAAGCUCUACACUGAUCAUGCUGACCUGUUCAGCAAGGUUGCUGUUCUCGAGGCCAAUGCCGAGUCGACAAAGGAGACGUGGGCUGUUCUGACUGUUGUCACUGACCUCAACACGGAAGAUGGUCAAGAUCUUCUUGUUUCUGCCCUUCAGUUCAAGCGUGCCAACCCGGGAAUUCGACUUGAACUUGUUCAUAACCCUUCAUCGCCCGCUGACGCACACGUUGUCAACGGUGCAUUCAAGACCAAUGCGGCGAAACUUGCCGAGACCGAGAGCAAGGAUGAACUCAAAACCAUUCUUGAGGCGUCAUGGACAGGCGAAGAUGAUGGAUUCGGCAACGCGCUGGCUGACUUCCUUUCCACUGCCAAGAUCUUGCCAGGAACAAAGGCCCUGCUUCUCAACGGCCGCGUCGUUGGCCCUCUGCCAGCCAACGUCUUGUUCAAGGAAGACGACUUGCAGCAGCUCCUUGACUUUGAGCAGCGAAAUAGAAUCCUCCCCGUUUAUGCUGCCAUCGAGGACCUCGGUUUCGCCGACAAGCUGUCAGACCCUAUCGCUGCGGCAAAGCUCACAUCCAUCACUGCACUCUCCACCAUCUCUGAUCUCCCAGAGGGCAUCUUUGAAUCUGCUCCGUCUGUUCGAACCACGCUCUAUAGCACGUGGAACUCGACACAUACCGCAAUCGAGAUUGGCAACCCAGAGACUGCCAGCAUCCAUAUUGCCGGUCUCCUGAACCCCACGAGUGAGCAAGGCCAAAAGUGGGCUCCGAUCCUGAAGGUCCUAUCUGAGCUGGAUGGUGUGUACCUGAGGCUGAUCAUCAACCCGAAGGAGGUUGUAUCAGAGCUCCCCAUCAAGCGUUUCUUCCGUUAUGUCCUCAACUCAGCCCCCUCUUUUGAUAAGGAUGGUCACGUUGAGGGUCCUAAGGCUGUUUUCAAGGGCCUCCCCUCGGAGGCUCUUCUGACAGCCGGCAUGGAUGUCCCCCCAGCUUGGCUUGUGGCUCCCAAGGCCUCCGUUCACGAUCUCGACAACAUCAAGCUCAGCUCCGUCAAGGCCGACGUAGACGCGACAUAUGAGCUGGAGAAUAUCCUCAUUGAGGGUCACUCCAGGGAUGGCAAGCGAGGCGCGCCCCGUGGCGCUCAGUUGGUCUUGGCAACGGAAAAGGACCCCCUCGUCACCGAUACCAUCAUUAUGGCCAACCUUGGAUACUUCCAAUUCAAGGCGAACCCUGGUUACUAUAACAUUCAGCUCAAGGAGGGCCGCAGUGCCGACAUCUUCACCAUUGAGAGUGUCGGCGCCCAGGGCUACUCUGCUGUCCCCGGAGAUGAAGGCACCGAGGUUGCGCUCAUGGACUUUAAGGGUACCACACUGUACCCGCGACUGGAACGAAAGCCAGGCAUGGGAGAAGCCGACGUUCUCGCAACAACUGAUGAUGAAGACAAGGGCAUUGUUGCAAAGGGCCUCAAGUUCGCCGAGAGUCUCCUUGGUGCAUCCAAGACGCACAAGGAGAUUUCGGCACAAGAACACGCCGAGAUCAACAUCUUCAGUGUCGCCAGUGGCCAUCUCUACGAGCGUAUGCUCAACAUCAUGAUGGUUUCUGUCAUGCGCAACACCAAGCACACUGUCAAGUUCUGGUUCAUUGAGCAGUUCCUCUCGCCAUCGUUCAAGGACUUUAUCCCACACAUGGCAGCCGAGUAUGGGUUCAAGUACGAGAUGGUGACAUACAAGUGGCCUCACUGGCUUCGUCAGCAAAAGGAGAAGCAGCGUGAGAUCUGGGGCUACAAGAUCCUCUUCCUCGACGUGCUGUUCCCGCUGUCACUCGACAAGGUAAUCUUCGUGGAUGCGGACCAAAUCGUCCGCACCGACAUGAUUGACCUUGUGAACCACGACCUCAAGGGUGCGCCGUACGGGUUCACGCCCAUGUGCGACUCGCGCACAGAGAUGGAGGGAUUCCGGUUCUGGAAGCAGGGCUACUGGGCAAACUACCUCCGUGGCCUCCCCUAUCACAUAUCGGCCCUCUAUGUCGUUGAUCUGCACCGCUUCCGCCAGCUCGCGGCUGGAGACCGUCUCAGACAGCAGUACCAUACCCUCUCGGCCGACCCCAACAGCUUGUCCAACCUGGACCAGGACCUGCCCAACAAUAUGCAGUUUACCAUCCCCAUCCAUAGCCUUCCGCAGGAGUGGCUCUGGUGCGAGACGUGGUGCAGCGAUGAGAGUCUCGCCUCGGCCCGCACUAUCGACCUGUGCAACAACCCGCAGACCAAGGAGCCCAAGCUCGACCGAGCGAGAAGACAGGUCCCCGAGUGGACCGUCUACGAUGAUGAGAUUGCAGCACUGGAUCAGCGACGCAAGGGCGCUGAGGAGAAGAAUACCAAGAGCCGGAAGCUAGAGGCGGAGACACAUACUAAGGACGAGCUCUAG